AUGGCAGCUACACGUCCGCAACACCCUGGAGCACCAAAGAAUCCCCUUCCUAAUUACCCGCAACCAGUAACACGAGCUGACUAUGUCCAUGAACGUCUCUCUCUACCACUUGGAGCACGUCUAGGACUAUACCUGAUGGCCUCGGGUGCGAGUGUGUUUCUGAUGGGAAUGUACACUGGCGGUAAGAAGACUGCAUUGCAGUAUCUGGCUGAGAACAGUCAUCGCCUGCCGAAGACACAGCAGGGAUGGUAUUUUUAUCACAAAACCAAGAACUAUAAGGUUAUGUUGGGUGGAAUUAAAGCUGGUGUCAAGGCUGCUGCCCGUGUAUCUGGAUGGACCGCGACAUAUGUCCUCACAGAAGCUGGGAUCGACUAUGUAAGAGGUGGAAGAAAGGAUUUCCUGGCGACAACAGGAGCAGCCGUGUCGACAAUUGGAUUGUUAUCAUUGUGGCAACGGUUAGGGAAACAAGCUACACUAAGAACAGUGCGAAUUGCGUUCGUGGGUGGACUAUUCGCGGGAUUGGGACAAGACUUUUUGCGGUGGUCACGGUGGUCUCGACGGGUAGCAGAAGGAACGACAAAAGAAGAGGAGGAAAGUGGCGUUUGGUAUUUGGAUAAGUUGGCGAGUUGGUCGCGCGCAUGA